AUGGCUGCAAAUCUUACCGAAACAUUUCUCUCACGGUCUCCGUUCUUUCGCUCUCUACGGCAAUCGCACUACACAUUGCCAAUCCGGCCUGAAUUCCUCACCUCUUCCUCCUUCGAGAUUGUGAAUCCGCGUAAUCAUAUUACAAAUACAGAUAAGGUAGUUCAAGUACUGCCGGCCUCGGCCAUUGCCGACCUGAGUGAUGAGACUGUGCUUGCUUUAUUCUCCGCGGGGUUCUUUGGAGGGUUUAUUUUUGGCAUUGAGAGAUUUCUUUUGAACAUUGGAGGUCACAAUAUACUGCCAUCUCGAUAUACAGACUUCGAACGCCCCCCAGAUGCUGUAACCAUCUGGAACAAAUCCGACAUACCUACCACCCAUCUUCUGCCCAAAGGUAGCAGUUUAUAUGGCGCUUUCACGUUAUUGGACAAAUACAUAGCCACAACCCCAUCUGAGCAAGAUGCCAGCUACGUCGAUUACGGCUUCGGAUCAGACCAGUACAUGUUCUCUGGCUGCCAUCGGUUCCAAAUAACAAGAUUACCGAGUCAACCGGAUGUAGAACCACAAGUGCAGAUGGAGCUACUUCAUUUCCGAUGCAAUCCGCGGGAAAACAAGCCUUCGAUUGCGGAGUAUAUCGAGCGGUUCCAUUAUGUCUAUGCAAAGGCGUUGUUUGCGGAUGGGAUACAGUCUCUUGCUACGCGGUAG